AUGCCGAACGUGCCGUUGACGCCCAAAGAGAGUAAUCUCUUCAAACGUAUCUUGAAGUGUUAUGAACAGAAGCAGUACAAGAAUGGCCUCAAGUUUUGCAAGAUGAUUCUUUCGAACCCAAAAUUUGCUGAACAUGGAGAGACUUUGGCUAUGAAAGGAUUAACAUUGAACUGUUUAGGAAGGAAAGAAGAAGCGUAUGAAUUUGUUCGUAAGGGACUGCGCAGUGAUGUCAAGAGUCAUGUCUGUUGGCAUGUAUAUGGCCUCCUGCAGCGUUCUGAUAAGAAAUAUGAUGAAGCUAUUAAGUGUUAUCGAAAUGCCCUGAAAUUAGAUAAAGACAACCUGCAAAUUCUGAGGGAUCUCUCUCUGUUGCAGAUUCAAAUGAGAGACCUUGAAGGUUACCGAGAGACAAGGUAUCAGCUUCUUCAGUUGCGCCCAACACAGCGAGCUUCCUGGAUUGGAUAUGCAAUUGCAUACCAUUUGCUGAAAGAUUAUGAUAUGGCACUAAAACUACUAGAAGAAUUUAGACAAACACAGCAAAUUCCUCCCAAUAAAAUAGACUAUGAAUAUAGUGAACUUAUACUAUACCAAAAUCAAGUGAUGAGAGAGGCAGAUCUAUUUCAGGAAUCCUUAGAACAUAUAGAAGCAUAUGAGAAACAAAUAUGUGAUAAACUUUUGGUGGAAGAAAUUAAAGGAGAAAUGCUGUUGAAAUUGGGGCGAUUGAAAGAAGCCAGUGAAGUUUUCAAAAACUUGAUUCAUCGCAAUGCAGAAAAUCGGUGUUAUUAUGAAGGCUUGGAAAAAGCUCUACAACUUAGCACUUUAGAAGACAGGCUUCAAGUUUAUGAAGAAAUUAGUAAGCUGCAUCCAAGAGCAAUUUCACCUAGAAGAUUGCCUUUGAAUCUUGCCCCAGGUGAAAAAUUUAGAGAACUAAUGGAUAAGUUCCUGAGGGUUAACUUCAGUAAAGGCUGCCCACCCUUGUUUACUACUUUGAAAUCUUUAUAUUACAAUACAGAAAAGGUAUCUAUAAUCCAGGAACUUGUUAUUAAUUAUGAAGCCUCUCUGAAAACGUGUGAUCUUUUUAACCCUUAUGAGAAUGGGGAGAAGGAACCCCCAACAACACUACUCUGGGUGCGAUAUUUCCUGGCACAGCACUUUGAUAAGCUUGGACAAUAUUCUUUGGCUCUGGAUUAUACCAAUGUUGCAAUUGCUAGUACUCCAACUCUAAUAGAGUUAUUCUAUAUGAAAGCAAGAAUUUACAAGCACAUAGGUAAUCUCAAAGAAGCUGCCAAGUGGAUGGAUGAAGCACAGUCCUUGGACACAGCUGAUAGAUUCAUCAAUUCUAAAUGUGCAAAAUAUAUGCUUCGAGCAGAUAUGGUGAAAGAAGCAGAAGAAAUGUGCUCCAAGUUCACGAGGGAAGGAACAUCUGCCAUGGAAAAUCUAAAUGAAAUGCAGUGUAUGUGGUUUCAGACAGAAUGUAUUUCAGCUUAUCAGCGUUUGGGGAAAUAUGGGGAUGCCCUGAAAAAAUGCCAUGAAGUAGAAAGGCAUUUUUUUGAGAUAACUGAUGAUCAAUUUGACUUCCAUACUUACUGCAUGAGAAAAAUGACCCUUCGUGCCUAUGUUGACCUUUUGAGGUUAGAAGAUAUACUCAGAAGACAUGCCUUUUAUUUCAAGGCUGCUAGAUCAGCAAUUGAAAUAUACCUGAAAUUGUAUGACAGUCCUUUAACCAACGAAAACAAACAACAAGAAAUAAACUCAGAAAACCUGUCAGCCAAAGAACUGAAGAAAAUGCUUAGCAAGCAGAGAAGAGCUCAGAAAAAGGCUAAAUUAGAAGAAGAGAGAAAGCAUGCAGAAAGGGAACGGCAACAGAAAAAUCAAAAGAAGAAAAGAGAUGAAGAAGACGAAGAAGCCAGCAGUCUCAAAGAGGAAUUUAUACCUGAAAGAUUAGAAAGGGUGGAAAACCCAUUAGAAGAGGCAAUUAAAUUCCUUAUACCUCUUAAGAACCUUGUUGCUGAUAACAUUGACACUCAUCUGUUAGCUUUUGAAAUAUAUUUUAGAAAAGGAAAGUUUCUGUUGAUGCUGCAGUCUGUCAAACGAGCUUUUACUAUAAAUAGUAAUAACCCAUGGUUACAUGAAUGCUUAAUUAAAUUUUCUAAAUCUGUGUCUACUCAUAGUAAUCUUCCAGACAUUGUUAGCAAAGUUCUCUCUCAGGAAAUGCAGAAAAUAUUUGUCAACAAGGAUUUGGGAAGUUUCAAUGAGGAUUUUCUCAACUAUAACUCUACCUCUCUUCAGCAUCUACUUUCAGGUGCUAAAAUGAUGUAUUUUCUGGACAAGUCAAGGCAAGAGAAAGCAAUUGCUAUUGCCACCAGACUGGAUGAAAGUAUAAAAGAUAAAAAUGUAAAGAUUUUAAUAAAGGUUUCUGAGGCAUUGCUUGACGGCAGUUUUGGAAAUUGUAAUUCCCAAUACGAAGACUACAGAACUGCCUGUCAUAAACUGUUUCCUUUUACAUCUGCUUUCCUACCUGCUGUGAGUGAAGUUGACAGUCAUCGUGCAACACUGAACCACACAGCUAUUAACUAUGAUGUUUUGGCAAAUGAAAUUUGAGAUCUAAUGAAAAGUUGUCUUCCCUAGACUUCAAGUCAGGGUUUCUUUUCCAGGGU